AUGUCUAUGGUGGCUGUGUCUGGAGAUGUCAGCGCCGGAGAUGCUGCCGCGUCCUCGACGAAGAAGCCGCCGCCGCUGCCGCCGUCCAAUCUCGGUGGAAACAAGGCCAACGGCGAUGCUAGCGGCACAGCAGGAGUGACAACCGGCCAGCGUCGUGUUCGCUGGGCUACCACCGAGGAUUGGGACAGUUAUCGUGCACUCAUCACAAGGCUGUAUAUGGAUGAGAAGAAACCGCUGAGGGAGCUGCUAGGUAUAAUGGAGCACAAGCACAAUUUCCAUGCAACUUUGAAAAUGUACAAGUACCGUGUCGCCAAAUGGGGAUUAACCAAGUACGUGAAAACGGCUCAGGUCGACGAAGCCUUGCGUCAAGAGGACCAGAGCAUCCAAUCUGGUCACAGUGCAUCCCGGGCCGAACUCCCCAAGCCGCGAUUGGCAGCUCGUAAAGACCGUAAUAUUGUUCUCAUAGACACAGGCUCAUCAUCUCUCGCGUCUCACCACCCUACACCUCGACGUAUCGAGUCCCCUGACUCCAUCAAGAUGGCCGAAGAAAUGGUGCAGAUCUCACGCCAACUGGUAUGCGGCUGCCUCGACAGCGGCAAUUGGACCUUCGACACGACCAAGACGACCAUGCGCUCCAACUUGGAACAAAAGUGGUUGUACGGAAUGCGAUCUGCGCGGAUGCUGUUCCAUCUCGGCAGCUUCACCCCGGCCUUCUACCUCUACGAUGCCUGUUUCGACCAAUACCCGCGUCUUAUGACAUCGCCCAAUCCAGGUCUCUUCAUUUACGCCUACGCAGCCACCCUCUGGUUGCCCCCGGUCGUGGCUCAGCGCUUCCUCGAAUACGCAGCUGAGAUGGCCGCUAUCCGACUUCCCGCGAACCAUCCAUUUAACCUCGCCUGGUCAAGACUGAAGCGUGCGGGGUUGCAGCAGAUAAAGGCUCAUGCAUUGCACGUAUUGCAAUCGUACUGGAAAGCCAUCGAAGACCAACUCGGAACGCAGAACCUAGGUCUGCUCAGACUAGCCGUCGAGCUAUCGGACGAACUCACCUUCCUAGGCCUUAUGGACGUGGAAAAACCCAAGAAAACCCUCCGAAGCAUCGCCUUCCAGCAGGAACUCGUCAAUGAUGGCAACGCGGCGCAGUGGACCAAGCUCUCCCUCGCGCACACACUCCGGCAUAACGGACGACUUGAUGAAGCCGAGGCGGUGCGCCAUGAAGUGGGCGAGCAAUGGAUGAAUAGUCCUCCGGAAGAUAGGUGCAUAUACGUCAUGCGUGAGUACUACAAGCUUGGGUUUCAGAUCCAGGAGCAGAACCGGGAUACUCAGCGGUGCGUUGCUGCGGGGGAGGAGUAUAUUGGGUUCAGUAGAGAGAAUUUUGGCCCCAAACACGCUAAGACUUUCGAAGCGAUGACUAGGGUGCAGCAGACUAUGUACAGGAUGCAAGGGGUUGCGUCACCGGCUUCUGCGGUGAAUAAUGCCAAGCCGAUGGCUGCAACGGCGGGGAAGAUGGAUUGGAGCGUGUUGCUGAAAGGGGAUCCUAGUGAUAUGCCGUAUAUAUGGAUGACCUAG